AGUCCGUGUUAUUGAUAAAUGCGAUUUUAUUCCAACGAAGAAGAAGCAAUGGGCAAUCUUUUCUUAUUUGCCGAGUGUUGUUGUGUGUUUCAAUUUUGGUAAUAUUGCUGAGCGCAGCAAUAAUUUCCAAAAAAAAAAACAAAACAAAACGACCAACGAAAAAAAGAAACGAAAUACACAUCCAAAGUGAAUUAAAACGUUCGGUGGGUUGGCACACACACAAAAUCAUCGGGUGUAAUAAACAACAGCAAAAUUCCACCAUUUCGAACGGUUUUCGCUUCGGAGAAAUUCGCAUAAGUUGUUUUUGUUUUUUGUUUUUUUUUUGAAUAAGAAGUAGAAACAAACGAAACGACGAGAAAAACAAACGAAACAAAAAUUUAUCGCAAGUGUCGUCAAGUAUUUUUUGUUGUUGUUGUAUUUUUGUUGUUGUUGAUAGUGUGUGCUUUCGCAAUUUGUGCCAUUUAGCAGCAGAAGCAGCAUCAAUUUUCACGUGAUGGGGACGAACAUAUCGCAGCUGGAACGAGAUAUUGGAUCUGACCAAUUUCCACCAAAUGAACACUACUUCGGGCUUGUCAAUUUCGGUAAUACGUGCUAUAGUAAUUCCGUGCUGCAGGCGCUAUAUUUCUGUAAACCGUUCCGAGAGAAGGUGCUCGAGUACAAAGCAAAAAAUAAACGAACCAAAGAAACGCUACUGUCAUGUUUAGCCGAUUUGUUCUAUAGCAUAGCAACACAAAAGAAAAAAGUUGGUUCAAUCGCACCGAAAAAGUUUAUCGCACGCUUACGAAAGGAGAAAGAAGAGUUUGACAAUUAUAUGCAACAAGAUGCCCAUGAAUUUUUAAAUUUUCUAAUCAAUCACAUAAAUGAGAUUAUACUGGCGGAACGUGGCCAGAAAAAUGCGAAUGCGUCUUCAUCAUCGUCUUCAUCAUCUAGUUCACAUUUUGCCAGUGUUCGGGCGAAUUUCAGCGGAGGUGGUGCCACUGCCAGUGGUAGUGGCACAGGCGGUGGAGCCGCCGGUAGUACAAGUAAUGGCACAAGUAGUGAAUGUAAUGGUUCUGCGAAUGGCCAACCUCAGGAACCAACAUGGGUGCAUGAAAUAUUCCAGGGAACUCUAACGAGUGAAACACGUUGUCUAAAUUGUGAAACAGUCAGCAGCAAAGAUGAGCAUUUCUUUGAUCUACAAGUCGAUGUCGAUCAAAACACUAGCAUUACACAUUGUUUACGAUGCUUUAGCAACACCGAAACCCUGUGCAGUGAUAAUAAAUUUAAAUGCGACAAUUGCUGUAAUUAUCAAGAAGCCCAAAAGCGAAUGCGCGUCAAAAAGUUGCCAAUGAUUUUGUCGCUGCAUUUAAAACGUUUUAAAUAUAUGGAGCAAUAUAAUAGACACAUUAAAGUAUCGCAUCGGGUGGUGUUCCCGCUAGAAUUACGACUGUUUAAUACGUCCGACGAUGCUGUGAAUCCAGAUCGAUUGUACGAUCUUAUGGCUGUUGUUAUACAUUGCGGUUCUGGACCGAACCGUGGUCACUACAUUAGUAUUGUUAAGAGUCAUGGUUUUUGGUUACUUUUCGAUGACGACAUGGUCGAUAAAAUCGAUGCGUCAGCGAUUGAAGAUUUCUAUGGACUAACUUCAGAUAUUCAAAAAUCAUCCGAAACUGGUUAUAUUUUAUUCUAUCAAUCGAGAGAUUGUGGCACGUGAAAAUAGGCACAUCCGCUCCGAAAUUAUUUCGGAAUGAGACGGAAUUUGCUUGCAAUGGUGUGUAUGUGCUCAAAAAGACGAAAGAAACAAAAUAAAUCACAAAUGAACCGCCACAUACUUGUCCAGAUGAGGAAAUAUAUCAAUAAUUUCUUUUUUAUCUGUUGAGUUUCAAUUUUUGGAAUUGAAAUGAAGAGAGAAAAACAAAAAACUAAGCACGAACUGUAAUUUAUUACCUAUCGACCGAUUCAUCGUGCAGUUCAAUAGAUUCAGCCAACACAAACAUUUCAUUGAAUCAUGCGUGAAUCUUUUAUAGUGAAUUUUUUUUUGUCAAAUAAAAUUCUGAAAGAUGGAAAAAUAUGAACAAUGUU